UUAUCAUUGGCAAAGAAAACGACAGAAGGAAAUUCCAUGGAUAUGUCCGAGUUACGAACCCUCCUCGUCGAGAUGCAGACCGCAACACAGGCUUCCAUUCAACAAGGAGACACGAUCACUACUGCACUAGCUGCAGUAACAGAACGUCUUGCGGCCCUAACGACCGCCUUAACGACUCGCUUGGACCUUAAUGCUCAGCCGGCGCAACAUCUUCCACCACCACAACGACAUCAACAACAUCAACAUCAACGACCUAUAGUCACAACGAUUAACGAGGAAUCAGCCGACGAAGCGGUCUUCCCAUGUGUCCUUAAGAUUUUACCCAACUGUGUGUUCAAUAAGAGAGACCCAAUUGUCCUUGGAGUUGAUGUCGUCGAGGGUAUACUUAAGAUUGGAACUCCGAUCUGCGUCCCGAGUAGAGAGUUUGUCGAUAUUGGCCGCAUUGCCUCUAUUGAGAACAACCACAAGCCUGUUGACUAUGCAAAGAAAGGCACCCAGGUGGCUAUUAAGAUUAUUGCUUCAAACCCUGAAGAGCAGAAGAUGUUUGGGAGGCAUUUUGACAUGGAAGAUGAGCUUGUGAGUCACAUUUCCAGAAAAUCUAUCGACAUACUCAAAACUAACUACAGGGAUGAGUUAAACAUGGAUGAGUGGAAGCUAGUUGUAAAACUGAAGAACAUCUUCAAGAUACAGUAGAGAUUCCCCCACACAACAUUGGGAGUUUUGGAUGAUGUGUCUGCGAUGCAGAAUGAACUGAUUCAUCUUCAUGCAUCUAACCAAAGCAAGUCACGAAGAGAGACGAAAGAGUUUUUUUUUUAUGUUAUCUUUCUCCCUGGAGAGUGCUGAAUAAUUGAACCUUCUUGUGGCACAAACUUACAGGGAAACAAGAUAUUGAGUUUUGAGAUAUACAACAAAAUAUCGUUA